CAUACCGUGACAUUUACCCGGUUCAAGCCAUAAACUUGCCAGUGUUUUGCUCCGUUGUGUUUUCGCUAAGACAUCACAAUUACUUAUUUUUCCACCAUUAUUGUGUAUAUUAUUGAAUUCAUCAUGAGAUUGGAGAUUACGGGAAUUAUGAAAUUUGGAUUGCUUGCAUCCACACUGCUGGUGUCAACGGAUUUACUGAUUGGUUGGUAUUUACGACAAAAAAACCGAUCGCCACGAUUGAAUGAGGUUUUUUUUGUGAUGAGCAAUGCACUAUCAUGCUGUCCUCAUACGGCCAAAGAAGAUGCUAUCAAAAAAUGUCCAAAUCCACACUGCAAGGCCAAAUUGUCGCGUAAGAUCAUCGAACACAUUGAUUCGGCUAAACAUUUAAUAUGUAUCGCGAUGUACAUGUUCACAAUGAUACACAUCUCAGACGCUGUUAUGAAUGCAAAGCGACGUGGUGUUAACAUUCGAAUAAUCAGCGAUAGUUCAAUGAUUGCCUCGUCUAACUCACAAAUCAAUCGCUUUCAAAAAUCAGGAAUAAACGUGCGAAUUGCUGGCGAUGGGGAUUUGUAUAUGCACAACAAAUUCUGCUUGAUUGACGUUCUGAGCGGUGAGAAGUCUAAAGAGAACACACAUCCACUGAACGGAGUACUUAUCAAUGGCUCAAUGAAUUGGACAGCCAAUGGCUUCGAUCGGAAUUGGGAAAAUAUCCUAUUUACAUCUGAUGAACAUUUGAAGUCGGAAUACAAGCAGGCAUUCGAUUAUAUUUGGUCACGAAUCGAAUGAGAGGCAAUUAAAACCAAUGAGUCAUUUCACUUGAUUAAACCAAACCAUUCAUCCAAAUGCAAGGGGGUACACACAAAAAAUAUUUGUUGUAGAUCUGCGACGUCUAGUGAUGAACAUAUAGUUUCUAUAUUGAAUUCUACCACAGCUAUUUUAUGAAACGUCAAACCCUCAUU